UCACUAGGAAUAUACCCAGUGUCUCAGUUAUUUCUUUCCUCCAUUCUGCGUCCUGUCCACUAGACGUAAAUAUUUGCAUAAAAAGUCAGAGUGUAGACUGAGGGAAAGAAUGGAGGUUUGUACGAACUUUACACUAUCAAAUGUUCACGAACGUUCAGAUCAGUCUGAUUCUGCAGUGGGGCUAUCAGGAAGGGCAAAAAGGAGAAUUGCCGAAAGAGGGCCUGUUUAAUCGGUGCUUUGUGCUGAACUGUUUUACUGCUGCUCAGUGAAGCAUUCCCUUCCUGAUGGGCUCUUACUGAAAAUGAGACUGAAAUGAAAAUGAGAAAAAGUGAUUAUCUGGGAGUUGCAGGGUCUGAGAAUUCUUGCUGGUGUUGAGAAACCAUCUACAGUGAGAGACAGAGGAAGUCCUGCUGCAAGUGGAAGUCUCAUCUUGUCCAGCUCCUUUUAAAAUAAGGAUCAGACUGGACUAAAUAACGUUCGGUACAGAAAAAAUUACAGGAAGGACAAAAACUGCAGUGCAUCCAGAUCAUCAAAGAAUGGCUCUACAGCAAAAUCAUCUUCUGAAAAUCAUUCAGUCAAGAGAACUGAACUUCAAUGCAUUAUAGGAAGCAAAACUAAUUAUCACUAUUGAGCACCUCUCCAAAACCAAUGUUUCAAAAGCCAGGGUGAGCUUUGAGUUUACUUAUUCCAGAGGGCAAAGGGACUUGUAUGAACAUAGUUGCACAAGCACUGACUUUCACACACAACUGAUAAAAUUCUUGAAACAUUGGCACAUCCAUUAAGGUAAGAAUCUACUAAAAUCUGAACUGAGGAAGUAGCUUCAACCAUUCUUUUGACUGGACACUCAAAACUAAGUCCAGUAACCAGCAAGAGGUGGGAGAAGAGAUUCUCACACUGUCAGACUUCCUAACACAGGUAUAUGGGAACAGGCAAGAAGGAAUUCAGUUGUAAGGAUUUGAAGUCACAGUGUGGUUGUCAACAUAUGUACAGGUACAUGGGAGAGAAACCAUACAAGUGUGACGUCUGUGGCUGGCCCUUUGCACAGGCGUCUGGCCUUGUGGAACACCUACGCAUUCACGCAGGUGAGAAACCAUUCAAAUGUGAAGUGUGUGGCAAUUCCUUUGCACAAGCAUCUACCCUCCUGCAACACUGGCGGAUACAUACAGGUGAGAAACCAUUCAAGUGCAAAGUUUGUGGGAAAGCCUUCUUAAAGCAGUCACACCUUGUGGAACAUCACCGCACUCACACAGGAGAGAAACCGUUCAAGUGCAACAUUUGUGCCAAAGGUUUUGUGACGUCCUCGCGCCUACUAGAACACCAGCGGACCCACACAGGUGAGAAGCCCUUCAGGUGUGAGAAUUGUGACAAAGCUUUCACACUUUCCUCAUUACUUUUGAAACAUCAGCGCACUCAUGCCACUGAGAAACCAUUCAAGUGCGAAGUUUGUAGCAAAGCUUUUACGAAGCCAUUGAGCCUCCGGGUACACAAAUGCAUCGGGAAAGACACAAAGCCCUUCUGGUGCGCAGUUUGCAAAAAAACUUUCUGCAACUCAUCGUACCUUCGUGUUCAUCAACGCAUGCAUACGGGAGAAAGACCAUUUCGAUGUGAAUACUGUAACAAGUGUUUCACGCAGUCAUCAAGUCUCCAACAACACCAGCGUAUCCACACACAGGAGAGACCAUUCAGGUGUGAGAUUUGCAACAAAGAUUUCUGCAACUCCUCUUACCUGCGUGUACACCAACGAGGCCAUACAGAUGAGAGACCAUUCAGGUGUGAGAUUUGUAAUAAAGAUUUCUGCAGCUCAGCAUACCUUGUGGUACAUCAGCGUAUCCACACCGGUGACAAACCAUUCAGGUGUGAGGCUUGCGACAAAGCUUUCUUGAGCUCUUCAUACUUCCUGAAACACCAGUGUGUCCCAACGUCUGAUAAACCGUUCAAAUGUGAGUUUUGCAAUAAAGGUUUCACACAAUUAUCAGACCUCACAAAACACCAGCAUACCCACACAGGGGACAGACGAUUCCAGUGCAAUAGCUGCCAAAACUGCUUCACUUACUCCUCCUCUCUAGAAAUACAUAACUGUACCAAUUUGGGAUAAAAACUGUUCCACUACCAAGUUCCUUCCGUUACAAAGUACUGUGCAUCAAAACAGGGUGAAAAACAUUGUUUUACAUUCUAUACAGGCAGAUCAUACCAUAUAAAGUACAUCAGGGUAAUAGGACAAUGUGCAGAAUACAAUGUUGCAAGCUGCAAAGAAGGUGCAAAGAGAGAUCAAUAUUAAAAUUUGAGAGGUCUGUUCAAAGAUCUGAAAGCAGCUUCAAAGAAUUAUCCAAGUUUCUUGUCCAUACUCCUCACCCUCACCCAGAACCACUGCAACUAUACUGUGAGAAGAGCAGAAUUUCCAGUGCGGAUGUCAUCUCUCAAACUUCAGGAACAUCUAGCAUUGCUUCCCAUCUGUGUAUCCACAGCAGUAAGAAACUGUGGAGGUGCACCAUUUUCAGGGCAGCCAUGUACCAAAGUGACCAGUUCAUCCACAAAGGCAAAACUUCAAACAGUAAUGUCUGUAUAGUGACAAAUUGUAAUGGUACCUUUCCAAGCAUUAUUCAAAAACAAAUAAAUCUAUUCCAAUGCAUUAUUUUACAAGAACAUGUCAUGUCAUAUGCUUGCAUGAGAUGCAUUUCUUGCAGGUAUUUGGAUUUCCAGUUAUGAGUCUUUGUUAUGCUCUUACUUGACAAACCAUUUUUUCAAAAAGAAAAUAAUGUGCAAAAGAACACAAGUGUCAGGGUUGUACUUAAAUGCCAAAGACAAUCUUUAAUAUACAAGGUUUAAAAAGUGGAACAACUUACUAUGUAUUUGUAUAGCUCGUGUUGCAACAUUCAGAAUUAAAGUGAGAUACAUAUGAGUUAACAAAUUGUCAUCAAUAACCCCAUAGGCUGCACUUUAAAUGGCUGACACCAUCAAGACGGUCCCACAGGUGAUGGUCUUAUUUCUCAAAAAUCCAUCUAGGUAUCAGUGAUACUGUGGGUCACCAAUUCUCAUUGCUACUCUAUCCCAAAAGGGAUUCCACUUCUUCACUUUCAAAGAUCCUGGAACGCCCUCAAAGUCUUUCUGACUUGGACUGCCUCAAGUACUUAUUCCAUUUGUAGUUCAGUGACUUCUCCCAUUACAGAGUUCCCCAGGAUUCCGGAGUCUACUGGCAGGGGUCUAAUCACCAGCACAAAUUUACCAAUUUACCAAAAGCUUUUACCAAACAUCUGCUUUCAGUGAGUUGCAGCAGAAUGUCUCUCAGCAUCAAUCUUUUUCGGUUGCACCAAUCAAAAACUGCUUGUAAGCUUCCUUCAGCUAACUCCCAUUGCACUGAACUACCAAUGGCUCCAAUGAACCUUUUAGCACUAAACAUUUUACCAUGGCAUGGAGUCAUAAUCCCUGGGGUCCACUCCUGAGCUCCACAGCCAGCUAAAAGUGGCUCUUGGGACUUCUGAGCCUUAACUGCCUGGAGUCUGCUCACAGUAGCACUUUUGUUCUGUAGAGCUACUUGUAUUUCAGAACACACAUAGUUCCAAACUGCAACUAACCACCAAUCCCAGCAACCAUAUAAAAUGAAAACAGAAAAUCUUCUUAAGAUCCAUUAAUCUCCAUAACCUAACAUUGCCUAGGUUCACUCUGACCUCAAGCCAAUUAUCUCUCUUUUACAAAUUUAUUUUUUGAUAGGUUUUACAUCCUUUCAGCUCACUGAACUGCACACUUUUCAAACUGUGUAGACAUCAUGUUCUGAGUUACAGAAUCUACCUGCUGUUUACAGCUAUAUCUUUUCUACUUUUCUAUUGAAUGAACUUGGGAACCUUCUGACCUGCUAUUUCAUUAGGUAUUCUCGCAAUCACUAAAGGCCAGAAUUUUAAUUAUCUUGACUUCACAACAAUAAAGUUCUCAAAACUAUGUAUUACUUCUAAAAUAUUGACAUGAACCAGGCAAGGUCAGCAAUUGUCACCAACCUUCAAUGCCCUUCAAGUGGAUUGCUUGGGCAUUUCAGGACAGGUAAAAGUCAACCAUAUUACUGUGGGUCUGAAAUUGCAUGUAGGCUAAUCUAGUAAGGAUAACAAAUCUUCUUUUCUAAAGUGUUAUUUGUGAAACAGAUAUCACAAUCAAUGAUAAUUUCAUGGUCAUUCAAACUAGAGUUAUUAAUCAAAUUUAAAUUACCCCAGCUGCUAUUUGAACAUAUGUCCCCAGGGAAAUCGCCUGAAUCUCUGCAUUACUAGACUACUGCCAGAACUAUCAUGCUGCCAUCUACCCUCUUUUAAGGAAAGGAGGUUGAGAAGGAAUUAUUAAGGGAACUCGAGUAAAGGGAAAAAAUUGACUGAAGAGAAAAGCAAAUUUAGAGAAAAAUCCUACAAGUGAAGGCUUUGUGAAGUGAGUCCUCUGACUAUUUGCUUGUCUCAUCCCACAUUCCUUCAUUUUGCGACAGAGUCUACAUACUACGCAUUUAAUUUGUAGCAGGACCACAGCACUAAAAUUUUAAGAUGAGAUAUGCUUGCUGCUCUAGUACUUUGCUUUUGCAUUGAUGUGAACAGCAGUGUAAGAAAAGUUGAACCGGAUACACUGCUUAACUUGGUUUCUUUGUCCAUAGAUGCUGAGCUUCUCCAGCCUUGUGUGUGUUUAUUUCAGAUUUCCAGCAUCUGCAGUAUUUUGCUUUUUCUCCAGCCCCCUCCACCCCUACAAGCUGCUUCUACUUUCAGUAACUUGCUUGGUGUGCCAAUGAAGCAGUAAAAUGAGAUGAGACAAUAGUAACGCUCCAGAGCAGCAAAAAGGAUUUCAGAGUAUGUCCAUGUGAGACAUCACCAUUCAGCUCACUGCAGACAAAGCUUUGAACUUAAUUACAUUAACCAAAAAAAAAGAGGAAGUAUGCCGUUUGAUAGGAAAUACAUUGAAGAGAUGAUAAAUACAUAAAAAGUCCUGAAGGUCUUGCUACCAUAGGUAGCAUACAGCAUAGGUUAUUAUUCCAACAUUUUCUUAAAGUUCAAUAUUCAUCACUACCUCCUCCAGUGUCCACUUCUACACUCUGUUUUGAUCCCUAGGUCCACUUAAUUACUUCCGUCAGUUUUCAUCAUGAAUAAUGUGGUUUUUGAUAGUUACAGAUGCCACCUAUCCCAUGCUUUGAUGUACCUCGAUAUUGUACUCAUUUUGCAUUUAAUUUGUAGCAGGACCACAGCACUAAAAUUUUAAGAUGAGAUAUGCUUGCUGCUCUAGUACUUUGCUUUUACAUUGAUGUGAACAUCAGUGUAAGCAUAUUCACAGUUAAUCAAUGGACAUUCAGAUAGAGACAGGAUAUCUGUAUCUGUUUGGGUCUGUCAUUGUUGUUUCAGUAGUAAUUAAAUCAAUAUCUGCACCUUUUCCAGCACAUCUAAAGUCAAGCCAUAGUCUGCACUGGGUGACCUAGUGGACAAUAGCCACCCAUAAAAGCAGUUGCCUCACUUUUAACUCUUCUGUAAAAAAAUAAUGUAGUGAAGAGAAAAAGUGUUAUUCAAACCCAAUUCAAAGAAAAUUAAGAUUAUGAUUGGUAACAAUCCCAGUUUACUUAGUCUGUUUAGUCCCAACAGCACUUUGAUAGUAUGGCAGGGAGAUGGAACUUCUUGGAACUGCAUUAAUCCUGUUAUAAUUAUCCAAGAUUAAGUUGGCAUUCUGGAAAAGUGCAUUGAGGCUUUGAAAUGAUUUUUACUUCAGUUUGAAAAUAUAGUUUAAAAUAUUAAUGUAUGGUCAAUUGCUACUUAUAAUCUGCUGAUCUGGUACGUUCCUAUAAAUUUACA